ACUGAUUAGAAACUCAGUGACAGUUGCAGCAGAGGGAGUGACGUGUGUAAACUGAAGAUAAGCGAAAUGAACAAAGUCCCGGUGUUUAUUGUGGUAUUUUUCACCCUUUGUGUAAUAUCGACCUGCAAAAAGUCGGAUCCGAAAAACAAACCGAAAUGGGCUCAAAAAGACAUAAGGGAUUUCACAGACGCCGACAUGGAACGUCUUUUAGAUCAGUGGGAGGAAGACGAAGAGCCUCUAGAGGAAGAUGAACUACCGGAACACUUACGUCCGCAACCAAAAAUCGAUCUUUCCAAUAUAAACACGAAAAAUCCAGAGGAUCUAUUGAAACUUAGCAAAAAAGGCCGCACUCUUAUGACUUUCGUGAGCGUUGGCGGCGAUCCAACUCGCGAGGAAGCCGAGACGAUUACUAAACUGUGGCAAACGGGACUUUGGAACAACCACAUACAGGCGGAACGUUAUAUGGUAGAUGACAACAGAGCGAUUUUCAUGUUCAAAGAUGGAUCACAAGCCUGGGAGGCCAAAGACUUCUUGGUGGAGCAAAAACGAUGCGAAAGUGUUACUAUCGAGAACAAAGUGUAUAAAGGGAAGUACCCGGAGGAGGACUCUGACGAGAAAGACGAACUUUGAGUAAGAACUGCAGGUGCAGGUGGUAAAUUAUUAUCUAGGGUAAGGACUUCUAGUUCAAAAAGGACAUUUCCGGGUGGCUUUCCCUUUUUACUUUUAAAGAAUGAAAGUAUGGAAGCAUAUAUCUCAUGAAGUUGUAAAUUGUACAUGAAUGAAUAUAAUAUUACUUUUCUAAUG